AUGUCUACCACAACAUCCCGAGCCGUUUGGCGACAAUCGCGAUGUCUGAUCCGAAGACCCGCCUUCAGAUCUGCGUCAACAACUGCCGAGGCUGCCUCCAGAUCCAAAGUCGCCGCAACUUCCGCUGCAUCAAAAGCUUCUGAGGGGAUUUCUAAGGCUGCUUCGACCGCUGGCCCUGCUGUUAUCAAGGCUCUCACAGGUGUUGGUGGAGCCCUCAAGAGAGUCGGUGGACGAACAGGAAAAUGCGUCGCGUUCGUCGACUUAUUCAGAGGACAGAAAAUGUACCCGCCGGGCCUUACCACUUUCACAGAAUUCUACCAACCUCUCCUUAAAUAUUUCCGUCAACCAAGGGCCUUGAUGUCACAGAUUUCUAAGUCUUUCAACACAGAAACUCUUCUCCGUCUCCAGAGCCUCGAUAAAAAGCAACUAGCCGUUCUUGGUGUUACGACUGCAGAGUUGAUAGGAUUUUUCUCCGUGGGCGAAAUAAUUGGCCGAUUCAAGCUUGUUGGAUAUCGGGGCGAGACUGCACAUGCGCAUUAGAUAAACUGGACUUUUUUCCUUUAAAAAUCUUUGCAACAUAUUUUACUUCGAACUUUC